UAUAGCAGCGGCAGCAGCGUCCUCUGCACUCGGGACGCGGAGUGAGCGGCAGCUCCCCAUCCUGCUACCCACAAUACGGGCACGGGCUACAGGGGACAACACAACUUAAACCUGACUCAACUUGUGUUUUUGAGGAAAAACCUAGACGCCUAAAACACACAAGUUAUUCUUCUUUUCUUAUCUUUUUAAUGAGUGAGAUACUUAAGAUAUGUCUUCAUCCGUGAGCGGCACAGAGGAGGUCCGGGUGUCGGCGUUGACGCCCCUGAAGUUGGUGGGACUGGUGUGCGUCUGUCUCGCCCUGUGCCUGGAUGUCGGGGCCGUGUUGAGCCCGGCGUGGGUCACUGCAGAUGACCAGUACUACCUGUCCAUGUGGGUGUCCUGUUGGAAGCCCGUCAGCUCCGCGGAGUGGUCCUGCAACAGCACGCUGGUCACCGACUGGCAGAUUGCCACAGUGGCCUUGCUGUUGGGGGGUGCGGCCCUCACCCUGAUCUCCUUCCUCGUGGCGCUGAUCUCCCUGUGCUCCGGCUCCAGGAGUCGCUGCUACAAGCCUGUGGCUGUCAUGCUGUUCUCUGCAGUGGUGCUCCAGAUGUGCAGCUUGGUCUUGUUCCCCAUCAAGUUCAUAGAGACGGUCAGUCUGAGAGUGUACCACGAGUUUAACUGGGGCUACGGCCUGGCCUGGGGAUCCACCAUCUUCUCUUUUGGAGGAGCCAUCCUCUAUUGCCUCAACCCCAAGAACUAUGAAGACUACUAUUAAAAUGUGUGAGACAAGAGGAGAUAUUGAGACUCUGUUUCACCCGGUGUCCUUUCAGCAAUAGGAACUCUCUGUCUGUUACACAAUGCACAACCACAGACUAUAAAAACAAGAAAUACAAAUGCUUACUGUUACUUUCAGGACUGAAAAUGAACUCUUCACUUUGAUACUGUGAACCAAUUGUCUCAAAGACUGCCCUCACCCAUUGAACCGAAGCCCCGUGCUCUCUCAGAAGGUUUGGCAGGCUGUGAAAAAAUAAAUAAAACCCAGCCAGUGUAAUUCGGGAGGGAAUGUCAGCACUCAGAUAACUCUGCGUCCCCUUUAAGUGAAACUCCAGUAGGUCUUAGAUUUGGGCAGAAAAUCUGGAGGAAACAGAUGGAUUCACCGACCCCAUACCAGGAGGAAUUGGUGGAAUAAUUAACCAAUCAGAGCAGAGGAUGAUGUAAACUCGGGCCAAUCAGAGAAGUCAAAGGACCCAGGGAGGAAGAUAUCCUAUUUAAGUAAUAUCAAAGAUGACAAAGUGAGGAAGACAGGGCACAUCUAAGGAAAUGCUACAUUUCCCCAGAGAUACACUAUGACUGGAACAUGGCAUAUCCUUCUUCCUCCAGUAGUGCACUAGAUUGGUGAAAGCAUGUCAUGAACCUCCAAAAGAGCAGCUUUAUUUUUCUCCUGUCACUUUUUGAGUCUAUUUUAAAGUGUCUAGAGAUUCGGAUUAUAAACAGAAGCUACCUAAGAGAGUAAAAACAUUCCACAGCCACCUUCCAAAUGAUAACAUGCUGGUGAGAGGAACAUUUACUGGUUAAUGAAUAGCACAUAGUCUGUCACGUGUAAACAGUGGUAAAACCUUCGGCUGCUAAUGUAAACCUGCGAGUUAUACCUGCUUUUCAAAAUAAAAUGGUUGCGUUACAUGUAAGUAUGCGCAACAAGCGUAAUAAAGUAAUAUUCAUAACAGGGAGACCAGUGGGGAGGAAGAUGGCAAAUGACCAUGUCUGCUGAGUGUAUGCGCACGUCUGCAUGAUCAUACCACCCAGCAUGUGCUGCUCACACACCUCCCCAUGUGAUGCCUCCUUAUCUUCUCACCCUGUAGGAAAUGGGAAUGCUUUGAGUAGAAUAAGCAGUAAAUACACAACAAAUUUCAGAUAGAGAGGAUGUAGCAUAAAACGAUUGUAGUUAUUGAAAAUGUAAGCACACUUAGUCUUUGCAUCUGAAUUAAAAAGGUCCGUGAUGAAGUAAUUUAGGAGAUGCCAGAGUGCAAUGUGCUGUGCAUGAGUAGCGUUAUGAGGACAAUGGGAUCGUUCAAGUAGAAAAUGGGAAGUUUCAAACCUGAAGGACAGGGGUGAUCACGAGAGACGUGUGGCGGAUAAAGAGCUGCACUGGUAAUAACCCGUCUUCUAAAACCUCAGUCGACCUGGUUAGAAACUUCUCCAACUCCAUCUUGCAAUAUUAGUGAAAGCGAGUGUGUGUGUGUGUGUGUGUGUGCAUGCCACUAGCAUUUGCGGCUGUGUUUCUGAUUCCCACUGGUUUGAUUUAUUACAUAAUAAACAUGUACUGUUAAAAAAA